AUGAUGAAGCUCCUGCUGCUAUCUUAUACCUUUUUGAGGAAAACUGGGAAAGUUGAUGUAAACAAUGUAGCAUUGGAGAUUGGCAUUUCACCAGAUACAUUAACCGCAAAUAUCAAUUUGCAGGAAGGUUGUAUGGCCCCUGAUGUGCAGCACAAAAUAGUCAAUUGGCUAAAAGCCAAUGCGUAUACUGGGGCAUUUCACAAAGGUUUAAAAGCCAAAAUCAAACCAGCCAAUGUAUCUCUGGAUGGAAGUGGAGCUUCAGACAGUUCUAAUACUUCACCGUUAUCUGAUUCAGGCUUGCCGAAUCCGGUUGCUGUUAAUGUUAAGUCUGUACCACCAAGGAGAAGAACUAUCAGUAACAUUAGAAUUUUGAAGGAUAAUACAGUGAUAUGUUCAUUGGAGGGGGUUACUACUAGUGAGAAUGGCAUAUCAAUUGAUAAGUUCCUAGUUCCUGAGUGUGAAAAUCCGAGAAUUUACAACAAAGCCUCAAUUUCUGAUACCACUGAAACUGAAACUGAAACGAAUAUAACAAGGUCUGAUGAUAUAUUUCAGAGGGUUCAAGAUAAUGCUGAUAAACCUUACAAACCCAGCUUAUCUUUAUGCGUUCCAGAACAAAAGUCUACUAAUUUGCAGAAUGCUUCCAUGCUUUCUGAUCUGCUCAUUCCUAUCAUUUGCUAG